AUGCUUGGCCAUCUCUGUGUUUGUCUUAAAGCAUUUUUAGACCAGUCACCAGGUCGAUCUGCCUGCUCCACUAGCCGGAGGCGUCUGUGGCCUUCUUUCCAUCAGCCGGCACGACAGCAAUUAUUUCGGCUUUCUUUUCUUGGUCACCACUACAUCUGGGUGACAACCCCCAGCUCAGAGCCCUCUGCUUUGGCCUCAGGAUCUCUUUCUCACUGGUCAGAAGAAGCCCGAUUGGAAGGCCAUUCGGAUUGGGUACGAGACGUUGCCUGGGCCCCUAAUCUCAUUCCUGCCCGUCAACAAUUAGCCAGCUGUGGUCAGGAUGGCCGAGUAAUUGUUUGGCAACACCAGCACCAUCCACUACAGCAGAGCACGCAACGACUAACUAGCAAAUCAUCUUCGAACGCAACACUUAGCCUAUCGGCUCUUUCUGCCGCUUGGAGACCGAUAGUCUUACAUACUUACGAAGAUGUCGUAUGGCAUGUCUCUUGGUCUCUGACUGGAAACGUGCUUGCUGUCUCAGGCGGAGACAAUAAGGUCUGA